AUGGGUGGCUCAUGGGUUUUGUCUCAGAGAUGCCGUGAAGAACGCAGAAGCCGAUUCACAAAGAACACUGUACCCGUAUGUUACUGGAACUUCAAUUGUUGCAAUCAAGUACAACGAUGGACGGAGAUGAGCACGUCGAGGUUCAUAAAGUGUGUGACGGUCGGUGAUGGUGCCGUCGGAAAAACCUGCAUGCUGAUUUCUUACACCAGCAACACUUUCCCCACAGAUUACGUUCCAACUGUUUUCGACAACUUCAGUGCUAAUGUGAAACUGUUCUAA